CCGUCGCAUGGAAUUCUGGGAAACAAACACAGUGGAAUGAAUAACGCUCGGGGUAAACAUCGAUUACAAAAGCGGACGAGAGCUCGCUGAAGAGUUCACAAAAAAAGAGCAAGAAAACAACUUCGUUGGCAAAAGAGACGACCACAUUAGCGCGACUUUUCAUUAUUGUGAAUGUGAUUAUUUAAGAAUAGCGAUUUGACAUGUUAAGCUGUACGAGCGGCAGCAGGAUUUCAGGCUGGAGUCUGGAUCAUCAUACUGAUACUGCGGUGAUGUGUGCUUAUACCUGGAGUCUGGAAAGUUGAUCGCGUGUGUGAUUUACAAGCCAGAUUCAAUAACAGUUGGGAACUGAACACCGUUUUGAUCGAUUGGGAUGUCUACGGAAUUUUAUACAUCUGAUUUCGGAUAUCAUGGCACUAGUGAGCGACCAGCAUCUGACACGUCUGGAUCUGAACUCCUUGAAGUGGUCCGACGAGUUUAACGUUAGAUCAGUUCUGCCGAGAUAAACGCGCUUGCUGUUAUUUUACACACAUUGGCUUUUAUCCUCAAGUAUUUGUUGCGUAUCUCUUUUCCCUAAUUGAUUUGCUUAGGCUUAUCAGAAGUGAUCGUCGCUUCCUGGCAACGUGGAAAGUCAAGGGUCACCAAAUCGGACUAGCGGUCCAGUCAUUCAUAUGAAGCGGUAAGAAACAUGUGGAACUCAGGGUCAGUGCAGGGUCUACUGAAAGCCCUAAAGCACACGGCUGGUAAAGGGCAGAUCCAGCUGAGCCGCUGGCUACAUCGGACCCCGGACUCUCUGGACUGCGACAAGAUUGACAUCUUGAUCUGCAAUGUUUUUGAUGAGCGAGCAAACGGCGGAAAGUCGGAGUCGGACACCGAGAGCCUUUCCGACACCGGCGUGUCCUUCACCCCCGAAUUCAGACACCCGUGCUGUAUUACCACCUGUUGCUGUAAAAGCGCCCUGCUGGCCUGCAUCCUGACCGCGGUUUGCUUCUCAUCGGUGGCACUGGUGCGCCAGUAUCUAAAGGACGCUUUAUUGUGGGUGGAGAGUUUGGACAGUUUUGUGGGAGCCAUGCUCUUUAUCGUGGGCUUGAUCUCGGUGUCGUUUCCCUGCGGCUGGGGUUAUAUCGUAUUAAACGUGGCCGCCGGGUAUUUGUACGGGUUUGUGCUGGGAAUGGGUCUGGUGAUGGUCGGGGUUUUGAUCGGGACUUUCAUUGCUCAUGUGGCGUGUAAGAGAUUACUGACGGAUUGGGUUUUGAAUAAGAUCGGCAGCAGUGAACAGCUGAGUGCUGUCAUUCGGGUCGUGGAGGGGGGAAGUGGACUCAAAAUUGUGGCCUUAGCGAGACUCACGCCGAUUCCUUUCGGUCUACAGAAUGCAGUUUUUUCGAUCACAGAUGUGUCCUUGCCAAAUUAUUUAGUGGCCUCUUCAGUGGGACUUCUCCCAACACAACUGCUUAACUCGUAUCUGGGCACCACGCUGCGUACAAUGGAGGAUGUGAUCGCGGAGCAGAGCAUCAGUGGAUAUUUUGUAUUCAGUCUACAGAUCUUCAUCAGUAUCGGCCUGAUGUUUUACGUCGUACAUCGAGCGCAGGUUGAACUGAACGCCGCCAUCGCCGCCUGCCAGAUGGAGCUAAAGACGUCGUAUACAAACGGCAACGAGACCAAUCACAGCGGUCCGAGCUACUGCAGCAAAAGAACCGCGGCAUGUGGGGGAAUCAAUGUAGUCUGAGGGCUAAUAUUGAGAUUUGGCUUUCGAGGAACAUGAUUGCACAGUUGCGCUGCCGUGACCGGAAUGGCAACCGGAGAUCUGUCGGAGGGUGCAACGAGGCCACGGCGGGCAGUUUGGGUUCUCGCUGCCAUCAUAAACCAGCUGUUCUGGUUAUGAUACAGGUCAAACUGGAGAGGUAGUGGAUUUUUAAAGCUAAGGAGCUGUACGUCAGCCUUGGAGACAUUGCCCAAAGAUUGGGAGUUUUCUUUGAUAUAAGCGGAUGAAAUUGACUGAUAUAAAUUGCUAUAAACAUUUUGCAGUACAUUUACUUCCUAAUUUUUUUGACACUAAUAUAAAUUAUAUUAAAGUUUAUAGGAUGUCUAAAGCAUGAGCGGGUAAAUUAUAAAGUGUUUUAGAAUUGUAGUUAAGAUGUUGAGAGGGCCUAACUAAUAUAUCAGGUUGCUUUUUUCAGUUGUAUAUAUUUAGUUUUUUGGUAUAAAUGAAGAUUUGCUUUCAAUUUUUUUGUACUUUAAGUAUUGCUUGUUUCAUAUAUUGUUUUAAAAAGGGUCUGAGAAAUGUUUAUCAGUUAGUACACCUGGAUAAAAUUGUGGCUUUAUCCAAACUAAGUUUACUUUUGCAACUCUGCCGUUUUUUAAGAGCAGAUGUGAGGGAUAUGCAAAGAUGUCUCUCCAGAAAGCUUUGAAUUUUUUUGUUUUUAUCUCAUUCUCAUAUUGAGAGGACUGAAAUUCCUUCUGCCUUUUUUCUAUGAUUUAAACACAUGCUUUAUUAUAGAUCUGUAAGCAUUUUAUGAUAUCACUUAAAGGGCACCUAUUAUGCAAAAUCCACUUUUACAAUAAAUGUGUGUUAGUAGUGUGUAAACAAUGGAAAAAAAUUCACCCUCUUUUUUUUUUAAUUCCCAUUAAACCAAAGCAGGCUUGUUAGACAUGCUGUUUUGAUUCGCUUGUUAAUGUGACGUCACACUGAUAAAGCUCCGCCCACAGCCACUGACUGACUGACUGGUUAAUUUUACCAAAAAGCGUUUCUAAAUGUGUAUAUUAGCACUUCGUAGCGCUAAUUCGGCUAAGUAUACUAUCGUCUCAAGGGGAUCACACACCGGCCGCGCAGCUCAGCGCCGCGCCGUUCUAAAAAAAUCAAACACAUUUUUUUCUAUGAGUAUAUGCACACCGGCGCCGCCAGGUGGUGCCUGUCCGCGCCGCCCAGCUGUGACUCAGGAAGUUGUUCAAAUCCCUGUCGCGCCACUCACAUAGUUUAACAUUAAAUAACAUCAUAUUUGUCCCAAAUCAUUAACGAUUAACAUUGGCUGCUAACGUAUAUUUUACAUUUUGAAGUAGACGCCAUCGGACGAAGCUCGCGCUAUUUAACGUGCACUUCCGGUUUACAAUACCUCCGAGUUGUCCUAGAUGCGACUUGAUGCUGAGCUGCGCGGCCGGUGUGCGAUCCCCUUUAGACUGUAUUUACAGAAAUCAGAUUUAUUUUUAACCCAAAGCGCUUAUUGUCUGUUGCUAAGGGAGUGAGGAGCGUACCCAAUUCGAAUUUGCUAUAAUUAAUGAUUUGUUGGUAUUUUGAGCUGAAACACACCUGAGACUGAUAUUGCAUCUUGUAAAAAUGAGCAUAAUAUGUGCCCAUUAAUUUAUUCAUUGUUAGAAUUGCAAACAUUUACACAUGGAAAUUUGAAAUAUUUCAGAUGAAGGAUAAUUGCUGUUAGUGAGAUUUAUAUGGGUUGUUAAUAUAUAUAUAUAUAUAUGUGCUUAAAAUUAUUCACAAUUGCCUAGAAUUCAUUCUUCUUACUUUUUGUUGUUGUUUGUUUGUUUCUGAAUUGGUGUAAAUUCAUUACAAACCCUCCAUUGCACAUUUACUCAUGCUGUGUACUAAUGAUAAAAACGUCAUAAUUCUCUCGAGAAAGAUUCACCUAAUUGGAAACAAAAGACACUUGAGCAUUUACUGACGUAUUUGGGUCCUGGCUCUAUAAUUCACUGUAGGGUUUUGUUAAUGAGCUUGGAGACGCACUGAACUCCCAGCUUCCACACCAGGUAUUUCCUAAAUCGGAAUUUCACAGAAUCCGGUUGAUGUUUUUUUUUUUGUUCUUGAUAGUACAUUCCUGCUACACACUGUAGUGCUAACAUCAUACAUUUGUACAUUCAAAUGUUGUUGCUGUAUAAAAGCUUUGAUUGAGGUGUCGUUUUUAUGUUUUACAGCAGGGCUAUUCAAAUCUUACCCUGGAGGGCCGAUCACUACAGAGUUUAGCUCCAACCCUAAUCAAACUUAACCACCUGUGAUUGUCUAGUGGUCAUGAAGACCUUGUUUAGCUUGCUCAGGUGUGUUUGGCCCUCCAGGGUAAGAUUUAAAUAGCCCUGUUUUACACACUCUUGAAAAUUAAAGUGCUUAAAGGUGCCAUAGAAUGUAAAACUGUAUUUAUGUAGGCAUAGAUGAAUAAUAAGAGUUCUGUAUAUGGUAAUGACAUCAUGAACCUCAAACACUAUUGUUUCCUCAUUCUUAUGUAAAGAAUCUCGACAUAACACAGUAAACAUGUAAACGGCUUUGCGGUUAAAAACUGGCAUUUUCUUUUUCAUUACAGCAAAGAUUUUACGAUGUUAUACUGUAUUUUUCAUUAAAUAGGAAAAUUCUAAAUGUCUGUUAUUAUAAAUUUGCUUUGUACUUAAUAACAUACAGCUUACCACCAUAA